CAAGCGCCAGCGGCUCACGCACCUCUCGCCGGAGGAGAAGGCGCUGCGCAGGAAGCUGAAGAACCGUGUGGCGGCGCAGAGCGCCCGCGACAGGAAGAAGGCACGGAUGAGCGAGCUGGAGCAGCAGGUACUGGAGCUCGAGGAGCAGAACCAGCGGCUGCUGCUGGAGAACCAGCGGCUGCGGGCCGAGACGCGCGGGCUGGCGCUGGAGAACCAGGAGCUGCGCUGCCGCCUGCAGCUGGACGAAGGGGAGGCCAAGGUGGUGGUGGAGGAAUCGCAGGUGGAUGAAACCAGGCUGGUGACCGGGUCCGCUGAGUCUGCAGCACUCAGACUACGUGCUCCUCUGCAGCAGGUGCAGGCCCAGCAGUCACCAUUCCUGAUGACCUCCACGUGGAUUCUGAUGGCAUUGACUCUUCAGACUCUGAGUCUGAUCUCCUGCUGGGCAUCCUGGACAGCCUGGACCCAGACAUGUUCUUACAAGACUGUGACUCAGAGUCGGCCUGUAUGGAAAAGCUGGAAGAAGAUAUUUAUGGAGAGGAAUCAGAUCCCUUACCCGCUGCCCCCUCUCCCUCUCUGGGGUCCCCAUCGGCAAAGCUGGAAGCCAUUAAUGAACUGAUACGAUUUGACCAUGUGUACACCAAGGCCCAAGUCUUGGAGAUUCCUGCUCAAACAAUCAAUCAAAGCAAUCUGUUAGUGAAAAUAGAGGAAGCAU